CUCCUCGCCAACCCUUUCUCCGAGAACGUCGCGGCCCGCCAAUCACACACCCCAAUUGACGCCUACAUACAACUGCAUCACUGAUUCGCGCCUCCCCCUUCCGUCUGUUUGGAGCCUCGUUGGCACAAUGGUCCUGCACAACCCGAAUAACUGGCAUUGGGUCAACAAGGACGUCUCCGCGUGGGCGAGGACAUGGUUUGAGGAGAACCUGACCCAGAUUGAGGCCAAGAAUGGCGAUGUCGAGGCCAAGGUCAGCAAGAUCCAGAGCAUGGACGGCGACGUCGAUGUCAGCCAGCGAAAGGGCAAGGUCAUUACCAUCUUCGACGUGAAGCUGGUUCUCGAGUAUACCGGAUCUGCGCCUGACGCGGACGACGUCUCGGGCACCAUUACCGUGCCGGAGAUUGCCCACGACACCGACGAGGACGAGUAUGUGUUUGAUGUGGACAUCUUCUCCGAGUCAAAGGAGAAGCAGCCCGUCAAGGACCUCGUGCGGUCCAAAAUCGUCCCCCAGCUGCGGACGCACUUCCAGAAGCUCGCCCCCGCGCUGAUUGCCGAGCACGGCAAGGACAUCCAGCACGCUGCCGGCUCAAACCCCUCCAGCGGCUUCUCCACGCCCAAGCUGCAUCCCCAUUCUUCGACGCCCAAGGCUCCCGAAAGCAGCACUCCCACCAGCACCUCUGGCAUUGUCAACACCGUCACGGUGACGGACAACGAAGAAUUCCGGACCACGGCCGAGGAGAUGUAUCAGACCUUUGUCGACCCCCAGCGGUUGGCGGCCUUUACGCGGUCCCCUCCGAAGCUCUUCGAGGGCGCCAAGAAGGGCGGCAAGUUUGAGCUUUUCGGCGGCAAUGUGUCGGGCGAGUACCUCGAGCUCGACUCGCCCAAGAAGAUUGUGCAGAGCUGGCGCCUGAGCCAGUGGCCCGCCGGCCAUCACUCCAAGCUUCAGAUCGAGUUUGACCAGAACGAUGUGGACCAUGUGACCGUGAUGCGCGUUACGUGGGAGGGCGUUCCUGUCGGCCAGGAGGAGGUCACCAAGAGGAACUGGCUCGAGUACUACGUCAAGAGCAUCAAGCAGACGUUUGGUUUCGGCACGAUCUUGUAGACGGCGGGACCGGGAUAAAACCAUACAUAAAUGCAUCUACGCGCUCUAGAAGAGGGUAGUUACGGGGUCGAUUUCUCUACCACGGCGGCGGAAGAAGGCUACAUUGUCUUGGUUGAUCACGCAAGACCUAGAUGCGUGUGGAUAUGAUUAAAACGAGCGACGUUGAUGAAGCAGCGAAUCACAUAUUACAUUGAAUACUUUUAUGAAC